UAUUAAGCAAGCAGGGGGACCUAGCCACGGCAAAAAGUUCUCCCUGUUUUUUUCCUGUUGCUAGAAAGCAUGCCACAAUUUCGUGGACAGGAUUUUUUUGUUCGUUCGUCCACGAAUCAGUCGACCAACCCCAACCCAAUGCCAAUCUACCAAUCAAUGGUCGAAACGAACAAAAGCCACUCAACUGAGUGAAGAAAAAGUGUUAGCACCACAAAUCACACUCCGAGGUAUUCUUUUCCUUUUUCUUCUUCGAAAUUUUGGAAGAAAAUCAUUGAAAACACCCCUAUCACCACUCCGUUCCUACGAUAGUCGCUGUGCAGUUUGCAGUGCAAACAACAGCAAUGCAACUCGAAAUGGUAACGACAAGUCGGUUGAUCGAUGGACCUUCGACUAAUAGCGGGAGAUCGGUUACUCUGGCAAAUUCGCAUCCAUUUUCGCAGUCACAGCCACCUUCGCUCCGUCGAUUGUACGAGUCAAUGGUCCGCGAGAGCAGCAGCACGGAUUACAACGAGCUCUACGAGGAACGAACCACCCUGCAAAGGGAGUGGACCCAAUUUUUGGAAUCCGUGGAUGUAGGUGACCACAACCUCCUCGACCCCAUUGCACCGCAGACGUCCAGCAGAGACCGCAACGGCAGGAACGAAUGGCCGCCUUCCCCGGAAACACCAACGGCGGGACUGAGUGCAUCUUCGUGCACACUCGAAGAAGCUACACAAAUAUCUUUGAUGACCGUUGUCACUACCACUACAGCGGAGGAUGCCCAUCUUGUUUGUUCAGACGAAAGCUCGGGCCAUUGCAGCGCUUGCCAAGCUCGGAGCCAAACCAAAACCGACCCGCGAUGCGCGGCAGCAGGUACACAAUUGGACUUGGAACCAGAGGACACCGAGGAAGCAAUGGUAACCUUUCGAUGCUUGAAUGAGCAAGUUGAUCAAUUGCGUGGGAUCCUGGAGUCAUCGUUGCCGAUGGCGGCAGGCUUCUCCCGAACAACAACAACAACAACAAAUUAACACCGUCGACAACCGAUCGUUCUAGUAACACGAAGAGAUUCAGUGUUGAAACUGCGAGCUUUGGAUCUUUUCACGGCUCUUUGAUGGUUGGUGGUCCUGCCUGUGACGACGCAACAACGUUCGGACGUUCAAAUGCCUCUCGGUGAUACCGUUCGGCGUUGCCUAUACACGAGCGACGACGAUCCGUCGCCUUUCGAAAAGAUUAUUGUGUUCGCCCUGGAUUAAGUCGAAGCGGAGUCAGUCGGGUGCUUUCUUUCUCCAGAGCACAACAUACUCAAUUUGAACAGCGGAAGAGGGCCUGGUGGCGCAACCAAUGCUGCUGCCCCCAUGUACUACAGCUGGCCGAAACACCAAAAUUGUAUGAUAGUCUGCAAUUAUUAUUACCAGAAUAUAUGUAGCUAUCUAGA